UAAUUAGAAACUUCCCUUUAUGACUUUUUCCCACAAGAUCCCCACCACAUUAGUUUGUGUCUUUCUUAAAAGCCAAAAAAUGGUGCUUGUUUUGUGUCACAACUACCCUUUAUGAAAUCACAUUCUCCAUCAAUUUCUCAUAUAGCUUCUCUUUUGCUAAAUUCACCCCCCUUUAACUUUCAUCUUUGAAAUUCUCAAACUUCAUUAAUAAAAAAAAAAAAAGACAUAGAAUUUUUUUUCAUUGAUAUGGGGGCUAAUAUUUCUACUAAUGAUGAUCAUGGGGAAUAUCUUUAUCUUCCACAAUCAAAGACUUGUUUUGAUGAUAUUCCAGAGAGUUUCAUCUCUUCAAUGAUGAUGAGGUUUGAACCUCAAGAGAUUUGUAAAUUGGGUAGAGUGAACAAAACUUUCCAUAGAGCUUCCUCUUCAAAUUUUAUAUGGGAGUCAAAGUUGCCACCAAGCUACAAAUUUCUUGUCAACAAAAUUUUUGGUGAAGAAAAACUUUGUUCUAUGACCAAGAAAGAGAUCUAUGCUAAAUUAUGUCAACCUAAUUUCUUUGAUGGUGGUACUAAAGAAGUUUGGCUAGAUAAAUGCAGCAAACAAGUUUGUUUGUUCAUAUCAUCAAAGUCCUUCAAGAUAACUGGAAUAGAUGAUAGAAGAUAUUGGAAUUAUAUUCCUACUGAGGAAUCCAGGUUUAAAAGUGUUGCAUAUCUUCAACAAAUGUGGUGGGUUGAAGUAUUAGGGGAGUUAGAAUUUGAGUUUCCAAAAGGGAAUUAUAGCAUAUUUUUCAAGCUUCAAUUGGGCAAAACUACUAAGAGAUUGGGCCGAAGGGUGUGCAAUCUUGAACAAGUCCAUGGUUGGGGCAUAAAGCCCGUUAGAUUUCAACUAUCUACAUCCGACGGUCAGCGUUCAGUCUCACAGUGUUAUAUGAAUGGGCCUGGAGAAUGGGCCUACUACCAUGUUGGAGAUUUUGUCAUUGAGAAAAAUAAUGGGCCCAUAAACAUCAAGUUUUCUUUGGCCCAAAUUGAUUGCACACACACCAAAGGUGGGCUUUGCAUAGAUGGGGCAACGAUUUGCCCAAAAGAGUUAGCACAUAAGUUGAAACAAUUCUAGCUAAAGUAUAUAUUAAAAGUGCUUUUUUCAAAUUAAGCACGUUUGUAAGAGCAAAAGUAGGUCUUUGUGCAUUUAUUAUUUCUUUAUUUAUUACUUAAUAUUUUUCGGAGAUAUUGAUGAUUGAAAAAAGGAAUGUUGGAUUAAGGGACCAAUCAAAUUUGGAUAUUGUGUAGGUGUGAGUGUUAUGUUGCUAACUUAUAUGUGGAGGAAUUAGGAAUGUGAAAAAUAGUGCUAACCGUUGAAGUGGUUAAUGUUGUAGAGUGGUUUGUUGUAAAAAUAUUUUUUGUUGGUAUAUUGAUUUGUUGUAAUAUACAUUUGUGUCUUUAUUGGCAUAAAAGGUUAUGAUGAUAUGCUCGUCUAAAUAUGUAAA